GAGCGCCGCGCUGCUGUCCCGUGUGUCGCUGGGCGGCGGGGUGCAUGUGUUGUUGGGCGGCCGACGGACUAUACACGGUCGGCGGGUUGGUAGCGGUAGAGUUGGGGACGGUUGGUGAGAACGGUGAGAGGGUGAGGUCCCGGCGCCGAGAAAAGUGAGAGGCGGCGGAGCUCGGUUCGGAGUCUGUGGGCCGGGCGGCACACGGCGGCAGCGGCCGGCCGGCCGGCUCCCCGGCCCGGUCCGCCUCCGAAGGUCACACUACCGGCGCUCGGCAACGCGGGACCGCUGUUUGUCGCUGGGUGCCGGCCGCCGUCAGUUUUUGUGAGCCGGGGAGGCGGUGCAGAGGUGCAGCUGGACACCACGUGGUGAGCGCCUAGCUGACUACAACCACUGCCACCACAGCCAGCAGCAGCAGCAGCAGCAGCAGCGAUGCGCGGUGGUCUGACGCGGCAGCUGCUCAGCUGUCUGGCCCGACCGCGGGGCCAGGUGCGGCCCCUCUACUCGUUUUCCGAGUCGACCCGGGCGCCGGCCACCGUGCCCUUCACCAAGGAGCUGUUCGGCGUGAAGCGCGGCCCGUACGCGGAGGUCACCUCUGACGACAUCCAGCAGCUGGCGGCGCUCGUCGAAGGCCGCGUCGAGACCGACAAGGAUGACCUGCUGAUGCACAACACCGACUGGCUGCGGUCGCUCAGAGGCUGCUCACCAUGUGUCGUGUUCCCGAAGACCACGGCCGAGGUGUCUGCCGUCCUCAAGUACUGCUCGGACCGGCGGCUGGCCGUCUGUCCCCAGGGCGCCAGCACCUCAUUGGUCGGCGGCAGCGUGCCCGUCUUCGACGAGAUCAUCGUCAGCACCGCAAAAAUGAACGAGGUCAUCGAGGUCGACACCGAUGGAGGCACCCUGACCUGCGGGGCCGGCUGCUCGCUGGACCAUCUCGAGCACGCCGCCAAGAACCAGCACCUGUUCUUCCCGGUGGACUACACGAUCCGGGAGGCGCAGCUGGGCGGUAUCGUGGCGGCCGACAUGGCCGGACCGCGCACGGCCCGCUACGGCAACCUGCACGGCAACGUACUCGGACUGGAGGUGGUCCUUCCCGACGGCACCGUUCUGGACUCGAUGUCCACCAUGCGCAAGGACAAUACCGGAUUCGACCUGAAGCAGAUCUUCGUCGGCUCAGAAGGAAGUCUGGGCAUCAUCACAAAGGUGGCCAUGGCGUGUCCGUCGCUGCCCAAGCACAUCAACGUGGCCAUGGUGUACACGGACAGCUUUCACAAGGUGCUCGGCAUCAUGCGGAUGACCAAGGAGCACCUCGGCGAGCUGACCUCAGCCUGCGAGUUUAUGGACAACGAGGCGGUGAUGUCUGUCAAGAAGAAGUACCUGAGCGCCUGGGGCGUGCCCAGUAAGCCGUUCUACGUGCUCAUCGAGACGGCCGGGCAGUGCGAUAUGCACGACGAGGAGAAACUGAAGACCCUCUUCAACGCGCUCAAGGACAAGGAGCUCAUCCUGGACGGCCAGAUCGGACCCCUCAACUACGACGACCCCACCUUCGUCGAGCGGUUGUGGAACAUCAACACACGGAUUCUGGCGGCGCUCUCCCGAGGCGGCAACGUCUACCACUACGACGUGUCGCUGCCGCACGACAAGCAGUACAAGCUCGUCGAGAAGCUACGCAAGGAACUCAGCGGAGAAAUCCUCAAGGUGGCGAGUUUCGGCCACCUGUUGGACAGCAACCUGCACCUGGCGCUGCAGUCGCACAACUUUGACCCGGAGACGAGCGACGAGCUGGACCGCACCAUCACCGACUACGUGACCCGGGCGGGAGGAGCCGUGUCGGCAGAGCUCGGCUGCGGCUUCCGGAACAGGAACCUGGGCGCCCACUGCAAGGACCCGGUGGAGGUGAAGCUGAUGCGUCAGAUGAAGCAGCUGCUGGAUCCUCACGGCAUAAUGAAUCCCUACAAGGUUUUCCCCGACGGAGCGUGAUGCCCUCCUUCGGCCAGGAGGGGCGCCAUCUACGAGUAAUGAGGUCAGGUCGGAUCCAGACCCGAGCAGUCUUCGGUAAGACACGGAGCAGGUCAGCCGUUAUCUCACGCCAGCCUCGUCUUAGGUCGGUUCGGGCUGGGUCGGCCAGCCAACCGUCUCGCAUCAUUUACAGACGAUGUUGCUAGAUGGUGUGUUUUCAGCUCGUGUUUCCAGACAAGAAAGUAUGCUGUUACUGAAGGCUUGUGUUAUUAGCAUACAAAUACUAUUUUAUAUUCACUUUGAGGUGGCAAGACUAUCAUUUCUUCCCUAAAAGCAGACAACUAUUUUUUUAAUGUGGGUGCUUACAGACCGGAAAUCGCUAAUGAAACGUGGGCCCAAAAUGGUGAGACUGUGACCAUGCAAUAAGCUUAUGUGGUGAAGUGGCGUUUGUGAGCUUCCAAAUGUCCCUCCGAAUACGUACCGAGUACUGAGUGAGCCGAAUUCAGCUCACGGCUGGUAUGUUCAGCCGCUACUGUGUGGAUGGGUGUGCCAACACGUAAAUAAAACAGCUGUUUAUUUUGA